GUCUAACGGACGUAAAUUCUCAAAAAUGCCCGCCAUCGUUGUUUAUCAUUCAUCGUUAAUACACGUUAUACGGGUUCUGCGCAUGCGCGGAAGAAACUUGUCCGCACUUUUAUCAGUUUGAUUUUCCAUGUAUUAACAUGAAGCCGGCGUCUUAUUCUUGUACGUUUGUUACUUGUUUUUUCAUCCUUGUCUUGUUCGGCUGCUAUUCGUCGCUGGGCGUCCGAAGACCUUCGCUUCUUCGCUCCCAAAAGAAAAGAGAAGCCCAACAAUGUGCUGACGGACUGUACCAACAUGGCGAAAGCGCUUGUUGCCUGUGUGCCAUCGGUCAGCAUCUGACGGACCACUGCCCUGCUGGCAGUCCAGAAAAAACGCAAUGUGAUCUGUGCGAGUCGGGCACGUACAGCAGCCACCCGAACCACAACAGCAACUGCCAACGCUGCACGUCCUGCUCGCACCCCAAUACCAAUCUGGAGGUGGAGACGCCGUGUACUGUCGCCAGGGACACCAAAUGCCGCUGCAAAGCACAUCACUACUGCAUUAGUGCCAAUGAGCAAGUCUGUAAACUUUGCAGUCCUUGUGCAGAAUGCGGUAUGUACGGGAUCAAAGUAGCUUGCACAGCCACCAAUGACACAGUGUGCAAUGCCAAAGCGAGGAAUCAUAUACCGGCUAUUGUCGCCAUAUGUUGUGUAGUUCCUGUUCUAUUUGUAAUUUGUCUACGCACCUGGAAGAACAGGAAACAGCGACAGAGCAGCCAAAAGAGCUCCUAUAAUCCAACAACAUUUGAGAUGGAGAUGCAGCCAUCUAGCAUUCCACCCACCGACCCUUUUCGGCACGUACCCGCCAUCGCAGAAGUGCUCGGGUGGAAGACUAUGGCCGACGUGGCGAUACGGAGCGGGAUGAACCCGGUCGCCCUUGAAAACUGCGAACGGGACCACCCGCGCGACAGUCAGGAACGGACGGUGCAGCUGCUGAGGGACUGGGUGCAGGAGCAGGGCAUGGACGCCAUGAAAAACUUGAUAACAAUCCUGCGGAAUAGUAAGCAGAAUUACAAAGUACAGAAAGUGUCGGCUAUUUUAUCCAACGUUAUUUAAAUUCUGCCGUUUUUUUUUUUUUUUUUUUGUACUGCUCGUUUUAUAACAUAGGAAGAGUUUGAUGUAAUAUCUCAGCCGAGAAAGGAAGACAUUUUUGAUGUGCAAUCUAAUUGAUUUAAGUUGAACAGCAAUAUGGGUCGAAUUGUUUACAUAGGCUAUUUGCGUGUGUGUGUUCUAAAAGUACGCUAUACAUCUAUUUCAGGGCUCGAACUUACCCUUUUGAAUUGUGUGUACCGUGUCAUAUUUUGUGUCAGGUUUUUGGCUAUAACCAAGGACUUUGCUGUGAUAAUUUUUUUCCAUACAGUCUUUUAAUGUUGAAUGCAGGUGGCAGGAGGGGAAAAAAAUUGUAAAAGAAUGUCAAGCAUUUGGGAUCAUUUACACUUAACAAAAAAAGAAAAUAUAUUGAUAUUAUGGAAAGUUAAUUUCUACUAAUGGCACAAUGGAUCAGCCGUUAAAGUGUUGGCCUCACAGGUCUGAGGACCCGGGUUCAGUCCCGGCCCCGCCUGUGUGGAGUUUGCAUGUCCUCCCCGUGCCUAUGUGGCUUUUCUCCGGGUGGGCACUCCGGUUUUCUCCCACAUCCCCAAAACAUGCAACCUUAAUUGGACACUCUAAAUUGCCACGAGGUGUGAUUGUGGGUGUUGCUGUUUGUCUCUAUGUGCCCUGCGAUUGGCUGGGAUAGGCCCCAGCACUCCCUGUGACCCUCGUGUGGAUAAGCGGCAAAGAAAAUGGAUGCAUGGAUAAUUUGUACUAAAAUAAUCCGAUGAUGGCAGUACGGUGGAUCAGCUGGUAAAGCGUCGGCCUCACAGUUCCGAGGACCCGGGUUCAAAACCUGGCCCCGACUGUUGAGUUUGUGUGUUCUCCCCGUGCCUGCGUGGGUUUUCUCCGGGCACUCCGCUUUUCUCCCACAUCCCAAAACCACGCGACAUUAAUUGGACAUUCUAAAUUGCCCCUAGGUGUGAUUGUGGGUGUGGCUGUUUGUCUCGAUGUGACCUGCGAUUGGUUGGCAACCACUUCAGGGUGUACCCUGCCUCCUGCCUCUUGACAGCCGGGAUAGGCUCCAGCACUCCCCGCGACCCUCGUGUGGAUAAGCGGCAAAGAAAACAGAUGAAUGGAUAAUUUCUGCUAAAAUUAUCAGAUGAUGGCAGUACGGUGGAUCAGAUGGUAAAGCGUCGGCCUCACAGUUCCGAGGACCCGGGUUCAAAACCUGGCCCCGCCUGUGUGGAGUUUGCGUGUUCUCCCCGUGCCUGCGUGGGUUUUCUCCGGGCACUCCGGUUUCCUCCCACGUCCCAAAAACAUGGAGACUUCCGUUCUGUGAAUGUGAGUGCAUAUGAUUGCUGCUAUUUGUCCUGCGAUUAGCUGGCGACCAGUUCAGGGUGUACCGCGCCUUUCGAUGAAUUAAUGUAUGUACUACAGAUUAGAUUAUAUUUUUUUAAAUUUUAUUAUAACAUUCAAACAGAUCUAUUUGUUUUUGUGUCCAUCAUAACUGCAAGACUAUGGACAGAGAAUAUGAAAUCUAUGCAAAUAAAAAAGAACCUCGCUAUGUGA